CAGGCUGCUGCCUUCAGCCUUGCCCAAGGCAAGGGCCCCUCUCACCCCCAUUGCUAUCAGGAGCCCAUGGGCCUGGCAUUUUCAGGUCACAGGGCUCUCCAGCUCUGGUGGAUGACUAGAUCAGCUGCCCAGGAGAGCUGCAGCUGCCCAUCCUGCCAACCGCCUAAGCCCCUCUCAGCAGCCUGAAACCAUGAACAGGUCACUGUGGACGGCGCUCCAUGUCGGGGUCUUUCCUGCAGCUUGAAGAAGGCGCAAGGUCCAAAACGUCAGGAAACCAAGGUAAACAUCCGCCUCCCACUGAAUUUCACAGAGGAGAAAAUCAACAUUCAGAGAGUCAAAGUGACAAGCCCUGGCACUCCCUGUGUGGCCCCAUUCCAGGGUCCUUGCACCAGCUGAUUUCUCCACCUGGAACGCCCUUCCUCAGGUCUCUGCUUACUCUGAUGCCACCAGUCAAGGUGGCCCUGAGCAGCUGGCUGAAGUGCUGCCCCUGCCCCCAAGGCCUCUCUCCAGGCCGUCCCUCGAAGCACUCAUCCCUGUGGAGGACAAAGCCUGCCCCGGAGCAGGCCCUGCACAGACAGCUGCUGGAUGACAACGGAAGAGUCCAAAGACGCAGGAGCCCAGAUGAGAUGCAGCGAAAGACUCAGAGGGACAAGUAUCCUCUGGUUUGGGGGUGCAGGCCCAGCCUGAGAGUUCCCACGCCUGACAGGCACGCUCCCCUACCCAGUGGCCUCAGAGAAAGCCCCUGCCCUGCUGAGAUCAGCGCCACCCUGCCCGGCAGCCCCGGCAGUGCCAGCCCCUCCCACCCAGGCUUGCCAUCCUCUGGGGACAACAUACAAAGGCCCACUUCAGUGCAGAGCCUCAGCUCCAUCUCCAGUCUGGCAGGCGAGGCAGGGGGAAUGGAGGGGAGGGUGCGUCCCACCCUUUCUCAUCCUCUGGGGCCUUCUCUAGCAUUGGGGACUUUGUCCCAGGUGUUGUACCCCGGGCGGCAGAGGAGGGGUUGUUGGCUGGCAGAGGCCCCCAUGCACUGGGUGCAGGUGGAGGUCCGGUCCAACAGUCGUAGGCAGUGGGAGUGGGUGGUGCUCCCCCGGCACCCACACGUGUGUACAGGGCAGCAGGUGGUGGGCGCGCCUGCAUGCUCAGGCGGCUGGGUGCCAGGUGGAGUGAGGGACAGCGAGGUGCAGACCCAGCGGGGACGAUCCAGGCUGGGCAGCAAGGAGGGCAGUGUGCAUGGUCUUUGGGCCACACCAGGCCUGGCUUUCUGGCCUGAGACCCUCUGUGGUAAAUGAAAUGCAACUCUCAAAUGGCCAUCCCAACAACCUGAGCUGGUAACUUGUAACUCAAGCCUGACACCUAGGGACUGAUGCUGACAACUUCAGGAUUCCCAGCGCUCCCCCUUCUGGGGCCCCUCCCCACCCAUCACCAAGCCUUGCCCAUCCCACUGCCCGAACUUCUCAAAUCUCCCAUUCCCGGGCCCACUGCUCACCAGAAUGGCAGCCGCUUCCUCAGUAGGCCCUGGACACAGCCCCCAUGAGCCAAGCAAAAGCCACAUCUGACGCUGCCCCUCCCAGCUUGGAAUGGCUCUGCCCUCAGGAGAAAGUCCAAGUCUCCCAAGGAGGCACAGAAGUUUCUGUGUAAUCACCCCCUCCAAUCCCCGUGCCUGUCCCUGGAGGGUUCGGCUGAGCUGCACUCCUUCAGGUCUCCCUGACCCCGGCCUACCCCCCAGAACCCCUCAUCCACAUGAGGGCUGUGGUGUCCAACACCCCUGAGUCCUCAGCUUCAAGACCUGAGGCCCACACAAAAGAGGUGCUCACCCUCAGUUUGUUGAAUGAAUAAAUGACCACCCCAAAUCCA